UUUUCUCCCUCGCGUAGGUGCGCCUCCUUCAGAUACUUUUGGUCCUCGGCGGCCGCCGUACUUUUGUUGCUGCUGAGUGGAAAUAGCGGCAGCAGCAGCAGCAGCACCGGCAUUGCCUUUGCCUUCCAUGGAGCGGAGUUCAGCAGCGGUCGGGGCCGUAAGGCGCCUUCGUACGCAGCAGCAUCAACAUCAGCAGCAAAAAAGGGAGGAAGAGGAGGAUGAGGAGUGGAGGAGGAAGCGGAGGAGGAAGGCUGGCGGCGGGGGAAGGCUUCCCCAUCCGCUGCUGCUGCUGCCGGAGUCUCGCGCGGCGCCGCUGCUGCUGCUCUACCUGCUGGCGCUCAGGGGUCUCGUGCACGUCUCCUUCCAGCAGCUGGUCCGCCCGGCGCCAGCAGGGGGCGCCAGGGAGUUCAACGCCCCGCGCGCCAGGGCAUAUCUAGAAAAUAUCACUGCAAUUGGCCCGAGAGCAGUUGGAAGCCCAGAAAACGAAAUCUUCACAGUGAACUACCUCUUGGAACAAGUCAAAGUUAUUGAACAAGAAAGCAGCCAUGUCCACAGAAUCUCUGUAGAUGUACAGAGACCUACAGGCACCUUCAGUAUUGACUUUCUUGGAGGGUUCACCAGUUACUAUGACAAUAUUACUAAUGUUGUAGUGAAACUGGAACCCAGAAGUGGAGCUGAGCAUGCAGUACUGGCCAACUGCCACUUUGACUCUGUACCAAAUACUUUAGGUGCCAGUGAUGAUGCUGUCAGCUGCUCUGUGAUGCUUGAGAUACUGCACACCCUCUCAAAGUCAUCUGAACCCUUAAAACAUGCAGUUAUAUUUCUGUUUAAUGGUGCAGAAGAAAGUCUCUUGCAGGCUAGCCAUGGCUUCAUUACACAGCACCAUUGGGCUAAGUCAGUUAGAGCAUUUAUUAAUCUGGAGGCUGCUGGAGUAGGAGGGAAAGAGCUUGUUUUUCAAACAGGACCUGAAAACCCUUGGCUUGUACAAGCAUACAUCUCUGCUGCAAAGCACCCUUUUGGUUGUGUGGUGGCUCAAGAAGUGUUUCAGAGUGGCGUUAUCCCUGCAGAAACAGAUUUCCGUAUUUACCGAGAUUUUGGCAAUGUUCCAGGAAUAGACCUGGCUUUUAUUGAAAAUGGUUACAUCUAUCAUACAAAAUACGACACAGCUGACCGAAUUCUGACAGACUCUAUUCAGAGGGCAGGUGACAAUAUUUUAGGUGUGCUCAAAUACUUAGCAACAUCAGAUAAACUGGCUAGAUCUCAUGAAUAUCGACAUGGAAACAUUGUUUUCUUUGAUGUCUUUGGUAUGUUUGUUCUGGCUUACCCAGCUCGUGUUGGUGCCAUUAUGAACUAUGUCAUCACCGCCCUUGCCGUUCUUUAUCUAGGAAAAAAAGUACUGCAGCCAAGAAAAAGAGGUAAAUUGAAGCUUUUAUGUAUUUUGCUUUCUCUUUCAGCAGUCAGUUAUGCAAAGGAACUGGCAAUUGCCGUUGUCUUGACCGUCCUUAGUUGGCUUGUCACCUUGCUUGGUGUCCUUACUGUGGCAGUGUUUAUUUCUCUGAUUGGACGCUGUCUUUCCUGGUACACCCACUUUUAUGUCUCUGUUUUUCUCUAUGGAACUGCAGCUUUGGCUAAACUAAUUUUUGUACAUACGUUAGCCAAGACGUUUUAUUACAAACAUACAAAUGAGCAGUUUCUUGCAGAGAUCUUCUUUGAUGUACCAGUAGUUUUUUGGUCAAUUUCAUUGGCUUUACUUACUUACCUAGGCGUGUCCUCAGCAUUUGUCAGUGCAAUAUGGGUAGCAUUUCCUCUGCUCACAAAAUUAAUGACCUAUAAGGAGCUGAAUGAAAAAGGUGCCACAAUGAAAUUCAUUACUGUUUACCUCCUGGGGAUGUUUAUUCCACACCUCUAUUUAUUAUACCUCAACUGGAUUAUAUUUGAAAUGUUUGUUCCCAUCAUGGGACGCAGUGGUUCAGAAAUUCCACCUGAUAUAAUAGUGGCUGCUUUUAUUGUUUUAAUGUGUGUACUCCUGUCUUCCUACUUGCUUAAGUUCAUUUACCUUGCAAAAAGCACAAAAAGAACAAUAAUAACUUUAACAACAGUUUCUGCGAUCACAUUCACCCUUGUUUGCAGUGGAAUCUUCUUCCCUUACAGUUCAGAUGCAGCAAACCCAAGGCCUAAGAGAGUCUUUCUGCAGCAUAUGAGCAGAAGGUUUCAUAGACUUGAUGGCCUCUUGGAAAGAAGUGAUUCUGGAAUAUGGAUUAAUGGGCUUGAUUACGAUGGAAUAUCUCACGUUACUCCUCAUAUACCUGAACUCAAUGACUCCAUUAGAACAAAAUGUGAGGAAGAAUCACCUCUUUGUGGCUUACCCUGGAUCCUUCCUGUGGACUAUUUAUUCAGAAAGAAUUGGUAUCUUCCUGCUCCAGCAACCACUCCCAAAAAACCUGUCCACUUUCAGCUUCUCUCCAAAGAGCAAAUGCCCUGGGAUUCUACAAAGUUAACCUUUGAAGUGUCAGGUCCAAGUCACAUGUCGCUGUACCUUCGACCGCACCAAGGAUCAACUCUUUCCCGGUGGUCUCUUGGAGAUGGAACUCCUGUGGCUAAUGCUGUUGGUGGGGAUUACUUUGUGUUUUAUUCUCAUGGGCUCCAGGCCUUACCAUGGCAAUUCUGGAUAGAGUUCAAGGCCUCUGAUGAGCCUACAAAAGGGAUGGUCACCCUUGCUAUUGUUACCCAUUAUUUCUUUGGGGAGGAUCAGAAGUCACCUCAAUUACAUGCCUUAAUAGAGAGAUUUCCCAACUGGACCUUUCCCUCAGGCUGGGUCUCUACGUAUGACCAAUUCAUCUUUUAAUCCAGCAGUAACACAAAAGUCAGUUGCUGUCCAUACAUUGUUUGAUGUGAUUUUUGUUCACAUGAUGUUUGGGCAAGUUGGAUAAGAUAGUAUUAUUGACAAUACUACGAAUAUACUUUAGCCACAAGUGUAUUUCUAUGGCAGCUGGAAUCCAUUUGAAAACAACAACAACCCUUCUACGUCCUGCUUGGGCAGGAAAGAGGGGUCUGGAUCUUUUAUGCAAAAUAUUUCCUUUUUCUCCCACUUGAAUGGCCAGGUUCACCUUUCGUGUGCUUAUCGUGAAAACUGCUUUUUGGAAAGUGGUAUUAGAAUAGCCCUCCUGGGCAUUUUGCAAUAAGAGAGGCUUUGUGUAGAAACUCCAAGCACAAUGUAUAGUAGUACUUCACAGGCUUUAAAUAACACACCUGCUGCCAUCCGUUAGCAUUGUAAUUUCAUCUGUUCUAAUCAACUAAAAACUGUGGCUCAGAGACUUUUAACACUGUAUAUCAUGAAAAAUAAGGAAGAAAUAAUGGUGAUUGCAACUCGGCAGUACUGACGCCCAUUUUGCUUACAAUCAAAAGCCCUUUAAAUUGUACAGCCAGAGAAUUUGGUGAGUGGUUUCCAAAAUUUCCGUGUGCUUUCUAGAGUUUUUUUCCUUAAACUGUAUGUAUACUCCCACUUGAUCCUUGUACUAAUGCUCUACUGGAUUGUCUUUUGAGUAGAGGUUGGAUCAGAGGUGCCAUCAUCUGUUCUCUUCUCUAUGGGAACCAGUCAAAACAAAGGCUAGCCACACAGAAACGUCCAAUGCGAGCACAUAGCACUGUUCUGUAUACUUCUAAGCACUGAGCCACCACUUUGGCCUUCUGUAUGCAUAUGUGUGUGUUUUGUGAUUAUGAUAUGGGUAAUCUGUUGAUGAGUAGUUGUCUAAUUACUGAUGAUUAACCAUUGUAUUUGUGUGCAAAGGGAUCUUGUAGCACCAUUGAGACUAACUGAAACAAAGCUGAUAGCAUAAGAUGCAUCUGAGGAAAUAGACUCAAGUCUACAAAAGCUCAUGCUGCGAACUCCUUUCUCAGUCUCAAAAAGUGCUGCAGGAUCCUUUUGCACAUUGAUUUUCCAGACUAACACAGCUAUGUUUUUGAGCUCUGUGUAUUAUUUAUUUGAUUUCCUUUGAGUUUUUCAUAUUGACUUAAAAGCUGUGAGCUUUUGUUGGUUUGGGGAAACUCCAGGCAUUAGUACUUUAGACCCUUGGCUGAAUAUCUAGAAAGUGCUUUUAUCAAAGAUGUUCAGCUGAUGCUCGACAGAGACAGAGAGAGAGAGACUUUGAGAGUUAAGUAUGAGUAUCUGGUAAGAAAAUUGCUAUUGCUUCCUCUUUUCUUUCAGAUUUCAAAACUGUAAUCUUAUGGUCUCUGCGAAAGCACCAUAGAGGUUAGAGCAGAGCACUAUCUCUUCAUUUCUAAGAGAGAGGGCCAUACAGACAAACCUGCCUGUUACUGGUCAGCAAACAUUUGCAGUCCCUCCUACUCCAUUCUUGGUGCUCCAGACAGGCAGAAGGGUAUUGUGGGGGAGAAUCACAUCAUGUAAAGCCUUGGAACUGCAGGAUAUGAAACACUUAUUUCUCCAAACUAACAGCAAGGAGCUGUAUGCCAAGAGAUCUUGUAUCACCUUUGAGACUGAGCAAAAGACAUUGUAGCAUAAGAUUUCAUAGACCUGGUCUACUUCCUCAGAUGGUGAAAGCUUAUGCUACAAUGUCUUUUGCUCAGUUAGUGUCAAAGGUAAUACAAGAUCCCAUCAUAUACCAAUAUUCCAGGCUAAUACAGCUAAGUCUGAAUUCUGCCAUCAACGAACUGGUAGACUUAAUUUCCCUUCCUUUUGAAACGGUGACAACCAAUAGAGAAGAAAGCAAGCCAGACAGCAGAACCAAAUGCAAAAGAAAAAGUAAAGUGCAAGUGAAAAGGCACUCUCUUCCUUGCGUUCAAGAUUCCCUCUAGUGCCAUGCUUUGUUUUGCUAAAGUAAAUUCCAAAGAUUUCAGUUCGUGGGGAAAAUUAUUUCCAAAGGCAAAUACGUUGACAACCUUCCUUUUCAUCCAUUUAUCUAGAGCAGAAAGGUGUCUGCAAGCAAGUCUCAUUAAUCAGGAGCUGUUAGGAAAGGAGACAGCAAACCACACAAUGGCUGGAAUCCUCUUGCUAUGACGUAUGCUGGCAUAACUGGGGGCCAAGGAAGGGUUAUUUUUCGUAAGAAAGCAUGCAGCAUCUUCUUGCAUGUUGUUUUUUCUGCUGAUUCUCUGCCUGCUGCAAUCCAAACAGCCACUAACUAGGCAGAGGCAUGAGCCAGGAGGCCCUUGUUAGUUAUAGAGUUGCCUUGUUGGAUGCUGCUAUCCUCCUGGACCAUUACACAAGUGUAGUGGUGGAGCUCAACAAUUUGCCAGUGUUAAGUAGGAUCUUCACCAGUGUGUUUAAAAUAUCUGAUGUCUGCACAUGAUGACAAACUGGGAUAGGCAUGUCAAACUGUCAAAGAAUGCUUUUUGGGAUCUUUGGGGAAAACAUUUUCGUUAACCCAGAGAAAGUACCUCAGACGGCAGGCAGGCCAGCCAUUUGCCUUUUAACGUUCUUUUUCUACCUGGUUUCCACUUAUAAGGUGGGAGAACUUUUUAUGUCAUUUGUGUAAUGUCGGCUGGGUUGUCCUGCUACUAUGAAAGAUGUAAAAACAGCACUUGCCAAAAUAUUUGUAUGCAAGUUCUUCCAUAUGUUGCACGUAGAUUAUAAUAAAGUAACUACUAUGUAUAUUUUGGCAGAGCACUAAAAGAAGAGCAAUGCUAGGAAACUGCAAUACAGUGUGAGCUUAUGCUGAACUCACUGAGAGGAUUCAUACUGUGUAGGAGCUUUUGCAGGGGAAAAGGUAUAUUUAUAAGCUUAGGUUUAGACGGCAUUUCUCUGGAAGCAAGUUCCAGUCACAGUGCUUCCAAGUAAAGGCAAUUAGAAUAGGUUCCUAGUCCAAACCAUAGGGCUUUAGCUUGACUAUUAAAUGAGCUAUAUUUUCCCAUUUAGGUAAGUUCUUAAGGCAACAAGUUACUUGUCAUUUAAAAAGAAAUGCUAAUAAUUCCAAAUUGCAUUAGAAUGGUCUUAUUUUGCUUCACUGUCUUGGAAAAGUAUAACUGCAACUCACAAGUAGGUUUGCAGAAAUGCACAUGCAGGCAUUACAUUAAAUGCCCUCAUCUUUCUGUGUUUUGUGCCAUCAGAAUGAUGCAUUUUACUGCCUCAACUCCACAUCACUGGCAGCCAGUAGCAAACAAAUGCAACCUGUCAUGACAACAGGACACAUGUACAGUUUUACUUGGCAUUAUGGAGUAGCGACAAAUACAGAGCUAUUUAGUGCAAUAUGUUAUUUUAGCCUUAACUAAUGGCAUUGCUUUAUGUACUAAACUCAUUCAAACAAAGCUGACCAAAUGUAGCCUCUAGUAACAUAUGCAUGAAAUCCUUGUUUCCAAAGCUGAUCUUGCAUGCAAUAUUUUCCCUUCAACUUGGAAAUGUUCCCGGGGGGAAAUGAAUAGUGUAGAUAGUUUGCAUCUCUUAAUGUAUUGGUCUAGCAAUGUGUGUUUAAAAUCUCAGUGCACUGUAUAGUACAGCUUGUGUUCUCCAGCAAACCCAGCUCAGAGAAUUUCUAUGUCUGUACAGCAGAAAUGCACAAAGCCUUUUCCAAACUGAUUUACGUCGUGCCUCUAAACUUAGUAAGAUUUUUUAAAUGACUCUGCAUGAUGUAUAUACAAAAAUUUAGAAAAUACUUAAUUUCUCAGAGCAUGCUUGGAAUAUCAGGGCAAAUAACAACUGUUGUGUUUUCAGAAGAAAAAACUUUGCCUAACUCAGGAUGCAUCUUUUAUGAAGUAGCUGAAUGCCAUGUAGGAUGCCUUUUUGGUGAAUUCUUGCCUUUAAAAACAAAUAAUUGUUCAGCACAUGAAUUCUUUUACUGACAAUUUUAACCUGCCUUCUUAGUUUAAACAUUAUACUGAAAGCCCUUAUACAGAGCUAAUCAGCUUAAAAAUUCUCAUCAACAAAACAAGUCUGUGUAGGGAAAAACCCCUACGAUUAUUGCAUUUAUUACAAAGCUAUUUGAUUUAAUUUAACUUAACUGUGGGCUGGGUCUUUUGUAAGUAAAAGAUAAUUGAUCGGAACUUCUUCUGUAACACUGCAGACUACAUCUAGAGGAUCUAUAAAAGAAAGAUAGAUACUGUGACUGGGAGACAGCCCUCUUUCAGCUAUGCUAUUUGUUCAUAUGCAAGACAUUUUUGCACACAAAUUCCAGGUGUGAGUUCUCAGCUGUUUAAAAUGAGCAAUAUAAUUAGUAAUGCAAUCCUAUAUGUCUACUCAGAAAUAAAUCUCACUGAGUUCAGUAAGGCUUCUUUCUAGGUAAGUGGCUAAAGGACUGCAUCAUAAGACCUACAGACUUACUAACAUCUUCUGUUUUGAAAACUAGGUCAUACUUUAACAGAAGUAUGUUAGUACAAUUAUAGAAGACACUCACAAGAGGCCAAAAGGAAAAUGGAAUGUAUGGAAAAGAUAACCAAUGCUAAAUAAAUUUUUAUGAAUAAA